GACUUAAAGAUCUUUACUUUUCAUUUUUCUUCAAUUUUUUCUUGUGACUUUUCAUUUUAGUACACAAGUACCAGUAGUGUGAAUAAUAUAUUGGGUCUUUUAAUUCCUUUCUUGUGUGUGUAAUGUGUAUGUUAGAUUAUUUUUUUUUUUUGUGUGGUGUAUGUUAGAUUAUUCAGCAUUAUAUAAUUUCAAUUUGAGAAAAAUUUUGAAAGAUGAAGAAAAAAGCAGACAACCUUCCCUUUCUGUAUACCCACCUUUUUUUUUUCUAAAAUUAAAACUAUGAGUGUAUAUUUUACAGGUUUAAUUAUCUAGAUCUUGUGCUGAAUCUGACUGUCAGAAUCACUAUAAAUAAGUAAUGUGCUGCUGAAGUUUGAUGGCCUUGGUGAAAAUGAAGGCUAUUUCAAUUGGGGUUUUGAUGGUAGUGUUGUUUGCCCAUUUGGGUCUCAUUGAAGCAGAGAUUUACAUAGUGACUCUUGAGGAAGAUCCUGUAGUGAGUUACCAGGGAGGUGUGCACGGUUUCGAAGCUACUGCUUCUGAGACUGAUGAGAAGAUUGAUGUUACUAGUGAAGCUGUCAUAUCAUAUGCGCGCCACCUAGAAAAGAAACAUGAUAUGCUACUUGGGUUGUUGUUCAAAGGUGGUACUUAUAGCAAAUUAUACAGCUAUAGGCACCUUAUAAAUGGCUUUUCGGUUCAUGCUACACCUGAGCAGGCAGAAACCCUUAGAAGAGCUCCUGGUGUGAAAUCGGUGGAAAGAGAUUGGAAAGUGAGGAGACUUACAACACAUACACCCGAGUUUCUUGGGCUCCCAACUGAAGUAUGGCCGACGGGAGGUGGUUUUGAUAAGGCAGGAGAGGAUAUAGUAAUAGGGUUUGUGGACUCAGGAAUAUACCCCUUGCAUCCGAGCUUUGCAGCUCAUGAAGCAGAACGAUAUGGACCAGUUUCGAAAUUUAGAGGGAAAUGUGAAGUUGAUCCUGACACAAAGAGGAGUUUCUGCAAUGGAAAGAUUGUCGGUGCUCAGCAUUUCGCCAAAGCUGCAAUAGCAGCUGGAGCAUUCAAUCCUGCAGUAGAUUAUGCUUCUCCCUUAGAUGGUGAUGGACAUGGAAGUCAUACGGCUGCAAUUGCUGCUGGCAACAAUGGUAUUCCUGUGAGGUUGCAUAGAUUUCAGUUUGGUAAAGCAAGUGGCAUGGCCCCUCGGGCAAGAAUCGCUGUUUAUAAAGCGCUUUACAAACUUUUCGGAGGAUUUGUUUCAGAUGUCAUAGCUGCCAUUGACCAGGCUGUUCAUGAUGGUGUUGAUAUCAUAAAUCUUUCAGUUGGGCCAAACAGUCCACCUGCUGCAACGAAAACUACCUUUCUAAAUCCCUUUGAUGCGGUGCUUCUAUCAGCGGUUAAAGCAGGCAUUUUUGUUGCACAGGCAGCUGGAAACGGCGGUCCAUUUCCUAAAACUAUAUUAUCUUACAGUCCAUGGAUAACAUCUGUUGCUGCUGCAAUUGAUGAUCGUAGAUAUAAAAAUCAUUUUUUCUUAGGAAACGGGAAAGUUCUUGCUGGAAUGGGAUUGUCACCUGCGUCUCAUUUAAACAAAACUUACACUCUUGUUGCGGCAAAGGAUGCAAUGCUCGAUACGUCUGUUACAAGAUUCAGCCCUUCAGAUUGUCAGAGACCUGAAGUUCUUAACAGAAAAUUGGUGGAGGGAAAAAUUCUUCUUUGUGGCUACUCAUUCAAUUUUGUUGUGGGUUCUGCAUCUAUCAAGAAAGUGUCUGAGACAGCUCGGAGCCUUGGCGCUGCUGGAUUUGUCCUUGCUGUGGAAAAUGUUACUCCUGGGACAAAAUUUGAUCCAGUCCCUAGCAGUAUUCCAGGCAUCGUUGUGACUGAUGUCCGCAAUUCCCUGGAGCUCAUAAACUAUUAUAAUGGCUCUACUCCACGAGAUUGGACUGGGCGAGUUAAGAGCUUUGAAGCAAACGGGCGUAUUGGUAAUGGAUUAAGGGCUACUCUUCAUAAGUCGGCCCCGCAAGUUGCAUUAUUUUCUGCAAGGGGUCCCAACAUAAAAGACUACAACUUCCGAGAUGCUGAUCUUCUGAAGCCUGACAUUUUGGCUCCUGGAGCUCUCAUAUGGGCAGCUUGGGCACCAAAUGGUAUUGAUGAACCCAACUACGCAGGGGAAGCAUUUGCCAUGAUAUCUGGAACAAGUAUGGCUGCUCCGCAUAUUGCUGGGAUAGCUGCUCUCAUAAAGCAAAAGCAUCCAAGCUGGAGUCCGGCCGCUAUUAAAUCAGCUUUGAUGACAACAACGACAACAAUCAACCGAGCUGGGAGACCACUGCAAGCACAGCAAUACACCGGAUCAUCUGAAGAGAUAACUUUAGUUACUGCUACACCAUUUGACUAUGGGAGUGGGCAUGUUAAUCCUCAAGCUGCUCUUGAUCCAGGCCUCAUAUUUGAUGCAGGUUAUUCAGAUUACUUGGGGUUCUUGUGCACCACACCUGGAAUCAAUCCUCACGAGAUAAGGAACCACACAAGAUCACCUUGUAAUUUUACAAUGGGCCAUCCAUCGAACCUCAACACACCGUCAAUAGCAAUCUCACACCUUGUUGGUACUAAAACUGUCACUAGAACUGUUACUAAUGUCGCGGAGGAAGAAACAUACACAAUCACAGCAAGAAUGGCACCAUCCAUUGCCAUUGAGGUAAACCCUCCUGCUAUGACAUUACUUCCAGGGGCAUCUCGAAAAUUUUCUGUGACCUUGACUGUACGUUCAGUAACUGGGUCCUACACCUUUGGCCAAGUUACGUUAAAAGGAAUCCGAGGGCACAAAGUAAGAAUCCCCGUAGUAGCUAUGGGUUACAAGCGAUAGGUCAGGGAUGUUUGUCGAUAAAGCACGAGUUUAAGACAUCCUACACCAAAAAGCCGGUGUGUUGAGAAGGCAUGAUAUAAAUAUCGAAUAGGGUUGUGAAGAAAGAUCGUGUAUAGGUGGGAAAGUCGCUCGCUUCCUUCCUAGGUAGUAAUUUUUUCGUUUUUUGGCGGAUAAUUAUUGUUGUAAUAUGGUUUAAUCAUGUUGUAUUUUUCUCUAGAACAAGUAUAUUAUAGAUUUAGUUUGAUCUCUUCCGCUGGUGAUUUCCAUGUAAAGAAGCUAGCGAUCGACUUUGGUAACCAAAAAAGCCUACGGAAGAGGAAAUUGUAUUGUAAGUUACUUGAUCAGGUGUAAUAUCAUAAUAAUAAUUUUGAUUAUCGAAA